CCGUGCUGCCACUCGUUGUCAACCAAAGAGCCUCCGAGAUAGACCAAAAGUAUGAUCCGACGUUCCCUGAUCGAACCGAAAUACUUCCUUGCAUCCCAGGUCAUUCCCAACCGAAUCGUGCACAGACCUUCGCCUCGUAGUGUUCAUGUAGACUGAUUUCAUUUUCCCUUAUCGCCCCCGGUCGGUCCGCGUCCCCCACGGCUGCUGAGAGCACGUACAAAUACUCCACCAACACCCCAACCACAAACAACACCCUCAACCAACCAGCAAGUCUGCCUGGAGCAGCAGCCAUAUAAACCCUCCUUUGACCAUACGCAUAUAUCUGCUCUACACCACCCACCUCUGCCGCCAGUGAGAAAGUCAGUCUUACGUCAUGGCUUCCUACGGCUACUUCACACCCCAUCACACCCACCCAACUUACCACCGCCGGGACACCUCCUCCUCACUCGAACGUCUCCAAGCCGCCGAAGUCGGACGUGCACGUCGCGAAUCCGCCGUAUCAGACCGGGACCUACAGGAACGGGAAUGGGUUAUCUUUAGUGGGAGGCCGGGGUUGGGGGGGCAUAGGGAUUCGAUUCAGAGUUUGGGGAGUGGGGUUACGGGGAGUUUGAUGUUGAGUAGUGUUAGUGGGGUGGAGAGUCAGGCUGUUACACUUUCCAGUGGGACGGGUGGGGGGAUCGGGAGCGGGAGCGGGAGUGGGAGCGGGAGCGAGAGUGGGAGUGGAGAGGCUGUUGAAGUGAGUGCAGCACGCCGAGGACCAGCACUCCAGUUCCCGAGCGUGCACGAAGAACUAACAUUAAGUACCGCAUCCGACGCACGGACAGUUACCACCACUUCCACAGAAGAUGAAGCCGCUUCACUCCUCGCAGACGUCAUGGUGACCCCCACCUCCGACGAGGAAACAAAGCGAAAAGCACAUGGGACAGAUGCCGUGGUGGAUGUAGACGAAGUGGACGAAGGCACAGCAAGCGUCCGCCGUGUAGAGGCAUGGAUGCGAACAGUCGAUUCCGCACCUCUAUCCCCCUCCGUCGAAAUACCCGCACCACCCACCUCCACUCACCCUCCAGCACCAGCACCCGCAACUUCUACGUUAAAUGCGGAAGAAGGCAUCGUGAGACGAGUCAUGCGCGAACUCCUCCACCUAGACGACGAAGUCCUCGAAGUAUUCUUCGGCGAACGCGUCUGCUCCCUCUCUCCCACCUCCUCCGCCCACCGCACCCGGGCACCGCCGCCAAGUCCUGCAGGGUUCGAUGCACGGAGUUUGGCGCCGGAUGAUAGUGCGAGUGCGAUGGAGGUGGUGGGGAGUAUUGGGAGUGAUAGUUUGGAUGGGGUUGUUGCUGAGCUUGGGAUGGCGGGGGGGAGGGCGGCGAGUAUGGGGUUUGCAGGGCUGGAGGGGGAGGAUUACUCGAGGCCGAGACGGGGUGGGGCUGGGGCUGUGGAAGAGAUGGAUUUGGCAACGAGUAUUUGGCGGGCGGUACAGUCCUACCUCCACUCCCUCUCCCACCCCACCUCUCCCCACGCCAACGCCAACGCCAACGCCAACGCCAACAACCACGCUCACCCACCCACAACCGCCGACCGCGUCCGUCUCCACUUCCACCGUCCCGAUCUCUACACCAUGAACUCCAACCUAACCUCAAAUUGGGAAAGGCGCCUAAGUGAUUUGGGCCGUAGGGCGCAGAGUCAUUACUCACCGAAACCGAUGAGGAGCUGGACGUGUCGGAGUCAGAGUCGGAGUUUGAUUACGAGGACGACGGGGGUGGGCGUACUUGGGGUUGGGUGGAUGGGGAGUUGGGCGGAGAUUUGAGAGUGUGCAUGCUUGAGGGGGGUCGAGGGAAUGGUUUGUGAGGUUUCAUGCAUAUGGAUGCCUGAUGGGAACGGGGAUGCUGGGUGCUGGACGGGGUUUUGGGUGCUUUUCUUCGUUGGGCCGGUUCUGAUAGGC